AUAUAAUGUUCUGUUGAUCAGUACAUUUUUGUCUGCUCAGCGAUAAUUUAGUUCAAGUCAAAGUGUCGUUGGUGAAAGUCGUUUUGAUCAUGGCAAAUUUAAUGAUUUUUAUCGUAUUAACAUUUUCAAUUGGUGUUGUUCAAUGUUUGUUCAACCCUUAUCCACGAUAUACUGAAUUUUUUGAUGGCGGAGACACAGGGGAACCAAUAUUUUUGACCGAGUACAUAGAAAAGGGCGAGUUUGAGUUGGCGAAAAAUUUAUCGUUGGUAAAUCAUGACGACAUGAAAUGGUUGACGAGUUAUGCAGGCUAUUUAACUGUGAACAAGACCUUUAACUCAAAUAUGUUUUUCUGGUUUUUCCCUGCUAAAUUGGAUCAAGCUAAAGCUCCAGUAGUUUUAUGGCUCCAGGGUGGCCCAGGCGCUUCAUCGUUAUUUGGGUUGUUUCAGGAAAAUGGACCGUUCUUCGUCACGACCAAAAAGGGGUUAAAACCAAGAAAAUACUCAUGGCAUUUAAACCACAACUUGUUGUACAUCGACAAUCCAGUCGGUACAGGAUUUAGUUUUACAGAAAAUGAUGGUGGCUACGCAAAAAAUGAAAAAGACGUUGGAAAGGAUCUGUUUAAUGCCCUUCGACAGUUUUUUACUUUGUUCUCUGAGCUAAGAGGUAACGCUUUUUAUGUAACUGGUGAAAGUUAUGCAGGCAAGUAUGUACCAGCUGUUGCACACACAAUCUACAAAAACAGCAAAAGCACAGAUCCAAAAGACAAGAUCAAUCUACAAGGUUUAGCUAUCGGGAACGGAUUAAGUGAUCCUGUUAAUCAAAUGCAAUACGGAGAUUAUUUGUAUCAAUUGGGUCUGAUCGACACUAAUGGACUUAAGAUCUUUAACGACGCAGAGAAAGAAGGAAUAGAUUGCAUCAACAAAAGAGACUUUGAAUGCGCAUUCCGUGUGUUUGAUAAAUUGAUCGAUGGUGACGAAACUACUGAUGGAUCUAUCUUCAAAAAUUUGACAGGCUUCAACACAUACUUCAAUUAUUUGAGACCCAACGGAGACGCUGCCUCUGAUGCGCUUAUGGGUGAAUUUUUACAAAUGUCUGCUACCCGUAAAGCGAUUCACGUCGGAAAUUAUACAUUCCACGAUUUAGAAGGUGAAAAUAAAGUAGAGGAACACUUAACAGGUGAUAUUAUGGCGAGUGUAAAAGAUUGGGUUGUUGAAUUACUUGAACACUACAAAGUACUGAUUUAUAACGGCCAAUUGGACAUAAUCGUUGCCUAUCCGUUGACCGAAAAUUAUUUAAAAAAGAUGAAAUUCAAUGCGGCUGACGAUUACAAAACGGCUAAGCGUUAUAUUUGGAAAGUAGACAAUGAAAUUGCGGGAUAUGUCAAACAUGCUGGUAAUUUGACGGAAGUACUGGUCAGAAGUGCAGGUCAUAUGGCUCCAGCCGAUCAACCGAAAUGGGUCUUAGAUAUGCUGAUGCGAAUGACAACAGGAAAAGGAUUUUUCGAACAUUUGUAAGUGCGCAGGCAUUGCCACAACUGAUGAAAUUAUAUUUUGAUUGAAGGAA